AUGAGGAAUAUGCAAACUCAAUACUCAGCAAAACUCCAAAGGCAGAACCAACAAAUUGAUACCUGGUCCCCACCCCCUCUCCACACCUACAAGAUCAACUGGGAUGCCGCAAUCGAUAAAAGGAAUUGUAAAGUGGAGAUCGAGAUCAUAGUAAGAGAUCAUUCAGGGCAAGUGGUGGCCUCCUCAAGACUGAACAUAUCACUUUUUCCUGAGUCGUUCCUAGCAGAAGCAAUAGGAGCUAUGGAAGCCUCCAGAAUUAGCAACUACCUGGGUCUCACCAAGAUCAUCCUGGAAGGGGAUUCCCUUCAAGUAAUUCAAGCUAUCAACAGAAGGGGCGAAAAUUGGUCUUCAACUGGGAUGAUUAUCAAUGAUAUAAAGGGCUAG